AUGCGUUGUCAGCCACCGCGUUCGCCCGAUCUGAAUGUAUUGGAUUUAGGCUAUUUUUCUUCUAUUCAAGCACUGCAGUACCGAAAGGCUGCUUAUGACACCGAUAGUCUUAUAGCUGUAGUGCACGAGGCAUUCGAAGAGCUCAGGUGGCGAACACUGGACAACUGUUUUGUCACUUUUACAGAAAGUGAUGGAAGCAGUCUUGCGUUGUGGUGGCGGCAACGACUUCAAGUGAGCAAACUCGUAGCAGUCAAUGGCAAGAUGCCUAUGUCGGUGAAAGUUGCAACCGAUGCCGUAUUAGAAGGGUACAGCCAGCUUUUCGAUUCAUAA